AGUAAACUCACAGGAGCAUUUGUCCACUGGGCUCCCGGCUGGUCCGUCUCUCCAGGAUUGGUGGGGGCUGCUUGUUUAAGCCAAUAGGCGGGGAGCAACGCUAAUGUCAUUUCACUGUGACCACUGAGAGGAGCACCAUAGCGCACCGUGCGCCGCUGAAAUGACUGAGAUGUGGUGACAGUGAGUGAAGUCAGACCAGGCUCUCUCAGCGCUCCUCUCCAAUGCAGCCAGCAUCAGGGGUUUAAGCUUAUCGCUUCGCACAGCUCUCGGUUCAGCUUUGCGGCACAGUGGUGCACCCUCUCUGGACUUUUCAUCUUAUGCCAAUGAGACGCAGCGUGAAUCGCUUUUCGCACUUCAGGAAUAUUGGUUCUGGAUACUCUGUUUACCACGACUGAACACUUUGGGGUAAAAAGAGAGUCUGAUGAGCCUGGCGAGUGCGGCAGUGUCGGCGGCUGGCUUUCAGGGUGGGGCCCGCCAGCGAGACUUGAUGAUGGAGCAGAAAGUCAGUAAGCUGACAUCUGGCUUCCAACGCAGCUCCACCUCUGAUGAUGACUCAGGCUGUGCGCUGGAGGAGUACGCCUGGGUACCACCUGGCCUAAGGCCUGAGCAGGUCCAGUUAUAUUUCUCCUGUUUGCCUGAAGAUAAGAUCCCCUAUGUGAACAGUCCAGGAGAGAAGUUCAGAAUCAAGCAGCUCCUCUACCAACUGCCACCACAUGAUAAUGAGAUCCGUUAUUGCCAGUCCCUCAGUGAGGAGGAGAAGAAGGAGCUACAUAUGUUCAGUGUCCAGAGGAAGAAGGAAGCACUGGGGAGGGGCACAGUGAAACUGUUGCCCCGCAACCUUCUGAACAGCAUUUGUGAGCAUUGUGGUGAAAACAUCAAUGGUGGAGAAAUGUCAGUGUUCGCUUCGAGGGCGGGCCCCAGGCUGUGCUGGCACCCCGCAUGCUUUGCCUGCUCCACAUGUAAUGAACUGCUGGUAGAUUUGAUCUACUUCUACCACGAUGGAAAGAUCCACUGUGGAAGGCACCAUGCUGAGCUACUCAAACCUCGCUGCUCAGCCUGCGACGAGAUUAUCUUUGCUGAUGAGUGCACAGAAGCUGAGGGUCGUCAUUGGCACAUGAAGCACUUCUCCUGUUUUGAAUGUGAGACAAUUCUGGGGGGCCAGCGCUAUAUCAUGAAGGAUGGCAGACCAUACUGUUGCGGCUGCUUUGAGUCUCUUUAUGCAGAGUACUGUGAGGCCUGUGGAGAACACAUUGGUGUUGAUCAUGCUCAGAUGACCUAUGAUGGGCUCCACUGGCAUGCCACCGAGAGCUGCUUCAGCUGUGUCCAGUGCAAGAGCUCUCUACUGGGCUGUCCCUUCCUGCCACACCAGGGCCGUAUUUACUGCUCCAAGGCCUGCAGUCUUGGGGAAGAUGUGCAUGCUUCUGAUUCCUCCGACUCUGCUUUCCAGUCAGCACGCUCACGUGAAUCCCGUCGCAGUGUGCGCAUGGGCAAGAGCAGUCGCUCAGCUGACCAGUGCCGACAGUCGCUCCUCUUUUCACCUUCCGUUAACUAUAAGUUCCCUGGCUUCAGUGGAAACACUGACGACACCCUGACCAACAAGCUUGCCCACAUGAACUUAUCUGAUGAGCAUUUCUGGAGGGGACGUGCUGAGGAGACAGAGGCACCUGAGGACCAGGAGGAGGAGUGGGCUGAACAUGAAGACUACAUGACUCAGCUGCUAUUGAAGUUUGGGGAACAUGGGGUCUUCCAGCAAGCCAAUGAUUCCAGACCCACGGAUUUCUGGAUUGCAGAAACAGAUGCUAAGUCAAAGCAGGAGUCCUCCAAAGCUGGCAGUGGCAGUGGAGGAGGAAGGGGGAGCCUGGCCAGUAAGAAGUACCAGGCUGACAUGUACUGGGCCCAGUCACAGGAUGGGCUAGGAGACUCAGCCUAUGGUAGCCACCCAGGCCCGGCAAGCAGCAGAAAGAUCCAGGAGUUGGAGCUGGAUCAUGGAGCUGGAGGAGGCUUCCAGGGAGACGAGCCACAGUGGUACAAUGAUUCUUUGGAGUGCAUCACUGAUGAGUUCAAGAAGACAGAUCAGAGUGUCCGCGACUCCAUGGACUCAUUGGCUCUCUCUAAUAUUACUGGGGCCUCAGUUGAUGGUGAUAGUAAAGAUAGACCUUUGGUAUAUUCCCUGCAAGGCUUCCAUGAACUUGAGACAGAAGACUGUGAGAAAACAAGUAAUAUGGGAACCCUCAACUCCUCUAUGUUACAUAGAAGUGCAAAUUCGCUGAAGAGCCUUGUGUCUGAGCAGGAGGAGGAGGUGGAGGAGAAUGUGCCAGAAGAAGAGGAGGUGCCUCUGCCAGAGGACAGACCCAAACCCCAUGUUCCUGCCCUCAGGAGGACACGUUCACAGUCUAGGCCGCAGCAAGUCAAAUUCUCUGAUGACGUGGUGGACAAUGGCCAUUAUGGAGAUCUCCCAGUGCGUCAGCCCCCUAUGAGCGAACGGACUCGCCGGAGAGUUUACCACUUUGAGGAACAGGGACAGGAACUUAACUCUGGGCGCCACCAUCACCACCACAGGAGGCGUCGUAGUCGCAAGUCUCGCUCUGAUAAUGCUCUUAACCUUCUGCCAAAAGAGAGGGCCCAAAUGUGCUACAAAAUGGACCACAGAGGGAAUGCCCUUGGACCCAAGGGGCACCAAGCCUUCCAUGGACACCCAACUCCUGCCACCAUGUCAGACUACGGGUUACAAGGCCCAGCCAUGGGGAGGUUCUUUGGGCUGUAUGGGGAUGAUGAUGACUGGUGCUCUACGUGCUCUUCAUCCUCCUCUGAUUCUGAGGAGGAGGGAUUUUUCCUGGGUCAGCCCAUCCCUCAGCCCAGGCCCCAUAGACACUACUACACUGAUGACUUGCCCAGCCCUGUGGCAGGCAUGUCCUCUCCUCCUUAUGGCCAACGGACUAAAUCCAAAAAGAAGAAGGGGCAUAAGGGAAAAAACUGUAUAAUUUCAUAGACGUUCAUUACGCUCUCAUCGUCAGCUUUGGGUAAUGCUCUGCCACUCACCUCUGCCUCUUAUGUCCACUGUUUGAAAUGCAAUAACAGUGUGCCUGCUAUUACAUGCUUCACAUCACUCAAUUUACUAAGGUGUUUGUGUAAGACACAAGUCCUUAUUCUGAUUCUUCAUAAGUGUACGCUUCUGUAGCAUUACAAACUGCUGGUAAAGUAACAAAGUAUUUCAGAGUAAUGCAUAUUUAUAAAAACACCAUCUAAACUGACUUUAUUUAACAUUGCAGAUAUUAAUGUAUAUAUUGUAGAGUUAAAAAAACAACAACAAAAUGGCUAUUUUUAUACCCUUGAGUUCAUGACAUGCUUUGUACCAAAAUGGCAUUAACAUUAAACUAUUGGUAGAGCCAUUUUUUUUCAAUGAGGGUGUCACAAAUUUAAAUAACAAAUGACAAAUGACUGUGACCCAAGGUCUUCAAAUGUGUUUUCUUAUCACUAACAUAACAGAAACACUGUGUGUAUCAAAAGGCCUGGUUGAGUGGUGUAUUUAUGGGCCAUGUUGUAUUGUAAGCCAAUCAUUGUAAUCUGUAUAAAUGUACAAACUGGAAUAUAAGGCUAAGAUAGAUGAUAAUUGUAAUAAAAAUAUCUAUAUAUCAUGA